GGUCCAGCGGCCGCCCCCAGCGCCUCGGGAGAGUCACGUGCGGCCGGCGCCUGCUCCCCGAAGCCCCUGGUUGCGCCUGGCUGCUGAGGAUGGUGGGGCAGGCGGCAGCAGCAGCUUUGGGCCGCGGGCUGGAGCGCCGAAGCCCUUGCUGCUGGGGUCGGAGCCGAGGCGCGGUUUUGCUUCUCUUCUUCUCCUUGUCGCCAAGGCCCCCUGGCGGAGCGGCGUGGCUACUGGGGUUGCGGCCGGAGGAUACGGCGCCCGGGCGCGUGUGGCUCGAAGGGGGAGCGCUGCGGGCGGCUGAGGGCUCCCGCUUCUUGCUGCGCCUCUACUUCCAGCCGCCGGCCGAAGGGAACGCCGGCAGUAACCGCAGCAGCGCGAGCGAGGAGGUUGAGCGCCGUGUCGUCUUCGUGGAGGAGCCCGCAAAGGUGGAGCGCUGUCCCGAACGCAGUGCUUGGGCCUCGGAUGUGGAGGUGCUGGGCCCGCUUUUGCCCGGAGGCUCGGCCGGCUCGGCUUUAGCCGAGGUGAGAGUGCGGGAGCCGCGGAAGGGUGAGCCCGGCGCCGGGCCUGAAGGUCGUCGGUUCGGGCUCUGCGCUUGGGAUGGACGAGCCUGGCAAUUGCACGGCGCGCCGGGGGGCUUCGUGCUGCAAGUGGAGGCGCCGGCGGCGGGCUUGGCCGCGUGGCUGAUUCCAUUGCCCACCGCAGGCUGGUUGCGGGCUCUGGGGGCACUAGUCCUGCUGGCUUUGUCGGCGCUGUUCAGCGGCCUCCGCUUGGCCGUGCUGUCACUCGAUCCGAUGGAGCUGCGGGUACUGCGCAACAGUGGCUCGGCUGCAGAGAGGGACCAGGCACGCAAGGUGGAGGCUGCGCGCGGCCGAGGCGGAAGCGGCACUUACCUGCUGUGCACACUGUUGCUCGGACAGGCGGGUGCCAACGCCACGCUGGCGGGCUGGUUAUGCGCUGCUCUACAAGCCGGUCACAGUUCCCUGCCCGAAGUGACCCAAGGUGUGCCAUGGCUGCCUGUGCUGCUCUGCACUGGCGUCGUCUUCCUGGGCGGCGAGGUAUUGCCCUACUCUGUUUGUUCCCGCCACGGGUUAGCCAUUGCUGCACAUACGCUCUUUCUCACCCGCCUGCUCAUGGCCGCCACCUUCCCUAUCUGCUAUCCACUCAGCCGUUUGCUAGAUUGGGCCUUGCAUCAAGAGCUGAGCACCUUCUCCACAAGGGAGCACCUGCUGGAGACGCUGCGGGCUGCUGACCCCCAUGGUGAUCUUGUGAGUGAGGAGCUAGCCAUGGUACAAGGUGCGCUGGAGUUGCGCACCAAGGUGGUUGAGGAUAUCUUGACGCCCCUAAAUGACUGUUUUAUGUUGCACUCUGAUGCUAUACUUGACUUCGCCACCAUUUCUGAGAUUCUUCGCUCAGGCUAUACCCGCAUCCCUGUAUAUGAAGGUGAGCGACGAGACAACAUUGUCGACUUGCUGUUUGUCAAGGACUUGGCCUUCGUGGAUCCUGAUGACUGCACUCCACUGCAGACAGUUACCCGCUUCUAUCACCGCCCGCUGCACUGUGUCUUCCAUGACACCCGCCUCGAUACACUGCUUGAGGAAUUCAAGAAGGGUAAAUCACACCUUGCAAUUGUGCAGAGAGUGAAUGAUGAAGGGGAAGGAGACCCUUUCUAUGAGGUGAUGGGGAUUGUCACUCUGGAGGAUGUGAUUGAAGAAAUAAUCAAAUCGGAGAUUCUGGAUGAGACAGAUCUCUAUACAAACAAUCAGAAAAAGGAAAGGAUCCCACAUCGGGGUAGGAAACCUCACGAUUUCUCCAUCUUCAGACUUUCAGAUAGUGAGAUGAGGGUGAAGAUCUCCCCACAGCUGCUGCUGGCCACUCAUCGCUUCAUGGCUACAGAGGUAGAACCUUUCAAGAUGCCACAUCUCUCAGAGAAGAUCCUGCUACGGCUGCUCAAACAUCCCAACGUCAUUCAGGAGAUGAAAUUUGACCACAAAAACAAGCGAGCACCUGAGCACUAUCUCUACCAGCGCAACCGGCCAGUUGACUAUUUUGUGCUCAUCUUACAGGGAAAAGUGGAGGUGGAAGUGGGGAAGGAAGGACUGCGAUUUGAGAAUGGUGCCUUCACAUACUACGGUGUCCCAGCAAUCAUGGCUGUCAUCUGUUCAGAUAAUGAUGGGCGCAAAAUGAGCAGCCUGGCUGGGUCAUCUUUCCUGUUGCCUGUGUCCGUGUCCCGUACCUUUGCCUUCAGCCGAGGGGAAUCUUUGGCUGGCUCCCCAGUGAAUCAGUCCCCAUCCCGUUGCAGUGGAUUAAAUCGCUCCGAGUCUCCUAUUCGAGAACGUAAUGACUAUGGAGGCAGCAGCACCCAACUCCACAGUGGCAGCAACAACAACAUAUACACUCCAGAUUAUUCUGUUCACAUUCUCUGUGAUGUACAGUUUGUCAAGAUCACUCGGCAACAAUAUCAGAAUGCACUGGCUGCCAGCCGCAUGGAUAGCUCUCCCCAGACCCCUGACAUGGAUGUUUUCAAUGAUGGUGAUUCCACAAAGGCUCCCACAGUCAGAGGUACCCCACAGACACCCAAGGAUGACCCUGCUAUUCUCUUGAAUGAGAGAAGCAGCAUUGUGGCCAGCAAGUCAGAUGGGAAUGUGAAGAGCCCUACAGACUCUAUGUUCCUGCACAUGGAGAGGAUCCCCCACAUUCAGGAAGAGCUGACAGGCAACCCAGAAAUCAGCAUGCAGAAAAACGAGGCCUAUGUUGUCAGGCUGGAACCUGAGUCCUCAAACAGGGAAAUGGAGCUCAGCACAUCUCCAAGUGGAUCUCAGGAACCCCUGGGAAAGAAGUUACUUCAGACACUUAGUGGGAGGAGAAAACCUUCAGCAGAUAGCAAGAGAAGUUCAGAUGAUAGUAACUUCACAUCACUCAUCACAUGAGUGGCAACGUGCUGCCUUUCUCACAGGUCUGCAGCAUGACAGCCGACUGUGACAAGAUUCAUGUGUAUGUGACAGCACCCGCUUCUCUGACAUUAAUUACCCCUUACCUUCAGGGCUAGACAGACUAUAGCCCUUUAAGCUUGAGAGGUGGCAUCAGCAAAUGUGAGAACUGAGCAAAAAGUCUCAGGAAAAAGUGGAAACGAGAAUAGUGUAUUGGUGGAGUGUGAGGAGUCCUCUAGCUUAGCAGGGCAAUGUCCUCACCAUCUCACAAUUACUACCACUGGGGGAAAAUAUAAAGGAAGAGGGUGCACAGGCUUUCUUUCCUGCUGGACGUGCCACUCCUUCCAUUAGCGUGGUCCAGGAGAGUAGAACGAGCCCAUGUGUGUGCAACAACAUCACACCAUAUACUCCCUCUGAAUUCACCUGCAUCUGAGCAUUAUCCAAAUCUGCCCUAGACAUGUUGGCACUGGUAACCAGCACCAGCAGGCUUUGGGCUGGCAGUUUGAAGUGCAGAUCAUCGCACAAAUCAUCUUGUCAUCUGUAACCUGUGAAUAAAUAGGCAUUUGACCCUAUUGAUAUUCUGACUUCCAAAUCAAUUGAGAAAAAAGAGGAAGGUUUGACAUCAAGUCUCUGGGAGAAAUAAAAUGCACCUGUUUUAAAUUACUUAGUUCCUUUGAUGUGUAGCAUAAAGCACAUACAGGAGAGAGAGAAGGA